AUGCUUCAGCACGCCCGUCUCUCGGCGUCUUUUCUAAGAAGCGGGGCAUUAUCACUUCGCUCGUGUACUUUAAGAAAUACAUUUACAACCUCCGCAUCUGCGGCCCAAUCCAAAUAUCCAGAACUCAAAGAUGUCGAGUUCGAUGCGGAGGGUAAUCCAGAUUACACCAAAUUGAUCUUGACAUCCAGAGUAUAUGAUGUUGUCGACAAGGGUGGCUCUCCUUUGACUCACGCUGUCAACUUAUCACACCGCUGCAACGCAAAUGUCCAUCUUAAGCGUGAAGACCUUUUACCCGUGUUCUCCUUCAAGUUGCGUGGUGCCUAUAAUAUGAUAGCUAAAUUGCAUUCCAAUCCAAAAAUUCCACUUAAUGGUGUCAUUGCAUGCUCUGCUGGAAAUCAUGCUCAAGGUGUGGCCUACUCUGCAGCCAAGCUCAACAUCCCAUCCACCAUUGUCAUGCCUACCGCUACCCCUUCCAUCAAGUAUUCCAAUGUCUCGAGACUUGGCUCUCAAGUCGUUUUGUACGGUGAGGAUUUCGACUCUGCCAAACAAGAGUGUGCUAGAUUGAGUGAGCUUGACAACUUGACCAAUAUCCCUCCCUUCAACCAUCCUUACGUCAUUGCAGGUCAGGGUACUGUCGGAUUGGAAUUGACAACCCAGCUUAUCUUGGAUGAUUUGGAUGCUGUUUUCAUUCCUGUUGGCGGUGGUGGUUUGAUCGCCGGUGUUGCCGCUUAUUUGAAGACUGUCGCUCCUCACGUCAAAAUUAUCGGAGUUGAGACAUUCGAUGCCGACGCUUUGUACCAGUCGUUGAAGAACAAGAGACUGGUGGAACUUGACUCCGUUGGAGUGUUCGCCGAUGGUACCGCAGUUAAGAUUCUUGGUGACGAGACUUGGAGAAUUUGUCAGGAAUACGUUGAUGAGGUUGUCCGUGUUGAUACUGACGAGCUUUGUGCGGCAAUCAAAGACGUUUUUGAAGACACUAGGUCCAUUGUUGAGCCAUCGGGUGCCCUUGGUGUUGCUGGUAUGAAGAGGUACAUCACAGACACUGCUGGUAAAGUUGACCACAAGAAGAAGACUUACGUGCCUAUCCUCUCGGGUGCUAACAUGAACUUUGACAGAUUGCGUUUCGUGAGCGAAAGAGCUGUUCUUGGUGAAGGAAGGGAGGUCUCUUUCGUCGUCUCGAUCCCAGACAGACCAGGUGAGUUCGUCAAGCUUCAGAAACUCAUCCAUCCAAGAUCCGUCACAGAAUUCUCCUACAGACUCGUGAAUGCUGACCAUCCUGCCAACAUCUACGUCAGUUUCAACGUUCUUAACAAGGCUAAGGAGGUGCCUGCUAUCAUCGAAGCCAUGACAAAUAAAGAGCACAACUUCACUGUCCUUGAUAUCUCCAACAACGAAUUGGCCAAGACCCACGGCCGUUACCUUGUCGGUGGAAAGCCAACUGAUCACACCCUCAAGCCCGGACAAGAAAAGUUGUAUCAAUUCGAGUUUCCCGAAAGGCCUGGUGCUUUGACAAGAUUCUUGGAAGCGUUGAAGGAUAAUUGGAACAUCACUUUGUUCCACUACAGAAACCACGGCAAUGAUGUGGGCAAGGUUUUGUGUGGUUUCGUUCUUCCAGAGACAGCCACAGAGGAGGAGUUCCAUGAAUUUUUGAAGCAAAUUGGCUACAAAUAUCAGGACGAGACAGACAACAUCAUUUACAAGAAAUUUUUAUGUAACUAA